AUGUUCGCCGUGAAAACUAAACGACGACUGAGGGCUCACAAGUCACACAUCAUAAUCGCUCUGUUAGCUACUACAGAUUUUACAGUUGGCAUUUUAAUUCAGCCAGCCACAGUCGCCUGGUUAGUAGUGAUCUUAAUCAACUACAAGACUGAAAUAUGCCCAUUUUUUUUCUUAAGACUCUUAAUGGACAGUCUUCUUGAUGUCUCACUAGCCCAUGUUGCUAUGAUAAGCUUAGAGCGGUAUAUUGCCGUAAAACACCCUUUUGCGUAUACUUUCGUUAUUACCGAGAUUAAGUUGCUGAUCGCCUCUGCAAUGGUAUGGACAUUUUCACUGAUUAUUCAUAUUUUAUGGUACUAUACCUUAUACCUGAACUUGUUUCUCUCCAUCACUAACGCAUUUAAGUGUUUUUGCAUCGUCGUCAUAGUUUGGUGUAAUGUUAUAGUAUAUCGUGAAACCCUCAGGCAUAAACAGCAAAUUGCCAAUCACCAGCUGGUAACACAAGAGAUAAGAGAAAAUUUUCUAAAAGAUAAAAAAGCUUUUAAAGUAACAACCCGGAUUGUGAAACUUUUAUUCCUGUGUUACCUGCCAACAAUUAUAAGAGGGUCUCAAUGGGGUUAACCGAUAGGCGUAAAAGGGCCAAAGAUUUAGCCGAUAGCCGUAAAAAUUGAAAAAUUUUAACCGUUAGCCGUAAAUAGGGUAAAAAAGAGUUAACCGUAAAAGAAAGUGUUCCCUGGAUUUGCUACUUUUAAGAAAGGUACUAAAGUCACUUAUGGUUGCGUUUUUUAUUUCCCGGCUAGUGUGACUCCGUACGCACGUUAGGCGAAGCGCCUUUUAGGAGUUAACCAAGACCUAGGCCCCAUUUCCGGCGCUCUCUCGGGGGACUAUUUUUUUCCAUAGCGAAAGUGUGGCUUCUUGCUGGGGAUUAAUAUUUGCAAUUUUCCGGAGGUCUUCCCCUCGAAACACUAGUGAAACAACAAGCACAGAUGUCACUGUUUGUAAAACACGUUGCUGACAAACAACAUUUCCCUGUUUUUCUCUGACGCUACGGUAGAUAUUGUCAAGCCUAGUCCCUGUACAGCGUCUUCCCACGCAAUCUCGGUCAAGGCAUUUCGGUGGCGAACUUGCUCGGACCAAGUGACCCGAAACGCAUUAGCCGCGCGGAAUAAUGCGGUCUACGGACAAGGAAACAGCAGACAGUCGUUCCGUACAGUCCUUCGCUAUUAUUAAAAACACUGGACACGGGAAUUUUGUUAUUGGCCGUUCAGUUUCACACUAGAGCUAGAAAUGGAUCAUCCGUCUGAGACUAGCCUGUGUACAGUUGCGUCCUCCCCNGGACAUUUUCACUGAUUAUUCAUAUUUUAUGGUACUAUACCUUAUACCUGAACUUGUUUCUCUCCAUCACUAACGCAUUUAAGUGUUUUUGCAUCGUCGUCAUAGUUUGGUGUAAUGUUAUAGUAUAUCGUGAAACCCUCAGGCAUAAACAGCAAAUUGCCAAUCACCAGCUGGUAACACAAGAGAUAAGAGAAAAUUUUCUAAAAGAUAAAAAAGCUUUUAAAGUAACAACCCGGAUUGUGAAACUUUUAUUCCUGUGUUACCUGCCAACAAUUAUAAGAGGGUCUCAAUGGGGUUAACCGAUAGGCGUAAAAGGGCCAAAGAUUUAGCCGAUAGCCGUAAAAAUUGAAAAAUUUUAACCGUUAGCCGUAAAUAGGGUAAAAAAGAGUUAACCGUAAAAGAAAGUGUUCCCUGGAUUUGCUACUUUUAAGAAAGGUACUAAAGUCACUUAUGGUUGCGUUUUUUAUUUCCCGGCUAGUGUGACUCCGUACGCACGUUAGGCGAAGCGCCUUUUAGGAGUUAACCAAGACCUAGGCCCCAUUUCCGGCGCUCUCUCGGGGGACUAUUUUUUUCCAUAGCGAAAGUGUGGCUUCUUGCUGGGGAUUAAUAUUUGCAAUUUUCCGGAGGUCUUCCCCUCGAAACACUAGUGAAACAACAAGCACAGAUGUCACUGUUUGUAAAACACGUUGCUGACAAACAACAUUUCCCUGUUUUUCUCUGACGCUACGGUAGAUAUUGUCAAGCCUAGUCCCUGUACAGCGUCUUCCCACGCAAUCUCGGUCAAGGCAUUUCGGUGGCGAACUUGCUCGGACCAAGUGACCCGAAACGCAUUAGCCGCGCGGAAUAAUGCGGUCUACGGACAAGGAAACAGCAGACAGUCGUUCCGUACAGUCCUUCGCUAUUAUUAAAAACACUGGACACGGGAAUUUUGUUAUUGGCCGUUCAGUUUCACACUAGAGCUAGAAAUGGAUCAUCCGUCUGAGACUAGCCUGUGUACAGUUGCGUCCUCCCCACAGACACCCCUUCUCCGAUUUUUUCUGAGGGGAGGGGGCGGCUGUACACAGGCUAUCUGGAAAGGAUAAUCCCGUCGUCAAAAGUCAGGCGGAUUUUUCAUUCAAAAUUACUGACUAUUCCAUUUUCAAAUCAACACGUAUUACCUAUCUGACGCGAAUCAUCAAACGGAUAACCCGUCUCACACGAAUAAUCCUUCUCUAGUGUGAAAACUGCCAUUUCUCUCAUAAUGAAUGUCGCGCCCCGGCCUUGAGUUGGGCGUUCGCGUGUCUGCUUUUGCUUUUUCACAAAGAUUAUUUUUAAAUUGACUAUUGACAUUUCUAUGUGUAAAAUAAUAUCAAAAGUGGAAUACUUUAUAAAAAGUAUGAUCUAUCAAAUGUUAAAAUUUUCAAAAGAAGAGCUUAUUUCAUGAUCCCGAGAUGAUCCGAAGACCUUCACUCAAAAAAUACAGAUUAAUUAAUAUUUAACUUUUUGAAACAAAAGAAGUUAAUUUUUAACUUUUUCGUUAACAGUAACUGAAAAAAAUUAACGGAUAGCCGUAAAAGAGCCAAAAUUUUAGCCGAUAACCGUAAAAGCCACCACCCCAUUGAGACCCUCUUAUAAGUAGAAUCAUUUUAGAAAAGUACAUCCCCGAGAACGGAAUAUCUUUAGACACCACAUACACCGUCAUCUUUUCUUACAGUUAGACUGUAGUUUUACUGAACUCUGUUAUUAACCCGAUUCUUUAUUCUAUCAAAAUUCGAGAGUUUCGCGUUGCUUUUAUCGAAAUAUUGUGUAAAACUGCUAAUCUCGCUAAAGCCCAAGAAAUUGAGAUGAGAUUCUUUAAAUCGCCAAACGUUGUGGCCAGACUUGAAGCAGAGCAUGCGCAAGGAGCUGAAGAACUCAAC